GUCCCUAACACGAUAAUUUUUUAAGAAUAUUCUUACAAAUGAAAAAUCGCCUAAAAAUAUCACUUUUAAUUACAAAAUUAUCAAUUUCCAAACAUAUAUAUGUUAGGUAUGAUACGUAAUGUAAGCUUCAAUUUAAGGUAACAUUCAACCACAAACGCUUCGCAAAACGUUUUAAAACGCAAAACGUUUUAAAACGCAAAACGUUUUAGCGCGUCGAGGAGGAUGUAACCGGAACCACAACUCAUGUAUUUACGUCAUGCUGACACGCAGUGCUGGUAUCUUUACGUCAUGCGAUAUUGCAUCAGUGCGUUUCGCUGACUAAUCCUUGCAUCAUGCUGACUAAUAUAAUAGUGUAACCGUGUUAACAUAAUGUCCAUCAUUUCAUUCGCUUUUUAACCAAUGAAAACGAGGCCUGGGGAACGACGAAGCACCCGCCCUUCAACUAUAAAGCCAACGUAACAAAUACAGUUGAUAACUGAUGUGCAUUAACAGUGGUCAUCUAUCUUGUUAAGACUUAAGAUGUCGAAGAGUAGAGUAUUUGUGAUUGGGGCUAGUGGUAAUGUUGGCAAAGCUACAAUAAAUGCACUUGCAAGAAACUACGGAGAGAAGCUUGAUAUCAGAGCUGGCGUGCGAAACCCUGAGAAAGUUGCCGAAUUUACAUCCCUUCAGGGCGUCACAGUCGUGCGAGCGGAGAUGGGCAAACGAGAUGAGCUUAUUGAGAUCUUCAAAGAUGUCGACGUACUGUUUAUUGUCGUGCCAGGCGCUGUUGAUCGUGUAGAGUUAACCCGUGUGACGGCUGAGGCUGCAAAGGAGGCGGGGGUAAAACAUAUCCUUUGCUUGGGCUCUCCUACACCAAACAUUUCAAUUGGUAAACAGAUGUACGAUAUCGAGGAGAUCAUAACAAAUCUUGGUCUAAAUUACACAAUUCUUCGUCUACCCUGGUUCAUGGAUAAUUAUUUUGCCUUUAAAGAAACUAUACAGAAAUUAUCAGUGGUUUAUGAUUCUGUAGAUCCGACCAAACGUUUUUCCGCCAUCUGCAUGGAUGAUCUCGGCUUAGCAGCAGCAGUCGUUCUGUCUUCUCCUGAAAAACACGCAGGCAAGAAAUACCUCCUGGUGAGCGACAGACACUCGUUCAAAGAUUUAGUGAAAGCGUUCAGCGAAGCUCUUGGCAAAGACGUGAAAUACAUACAACAAUCGUACGAAGAAGCAAAGGUAGUGUGGAUGCAGAAAGGUGUUCCUGAGCAGAGUGUCGAUGGUUUGAUUGAGUAUUGGAAAGAAGCCAAUGCGGGUAAAUACGAAGAAGGAAAUGAUAAUGAUUUCGCAGCUAUUACAGAAAAACAGCCAACAAGCGUAGCUGCAUGGGUCCAACGAUAUGCUAGUGUGUUCAAGUAAACAUUAUUGUUCGCAUGAUACUAACUAUUUAUAUUAAUAUUGGGCUUCUCAAGAAAGUUAGACUUGCGUGCGUAGGUUGAAGAUUAAUUCAAUUAAUGUAAAUUAGGAAAUGCCCAAUGCUCUUUCUUCCUCUGGAUGUGUGGAAGCCCGUUAUAACUCGCAAAUCUGUACUCUAAAUUCCAAUUUUGACCAAAUAUAAUUAUUGUCCUUUUCUCUGACUCUGUUAAUUGUGAGUAUGUUGGUUCUGAGGAAUUCAGAUCAAUUGGAAAUAAGGCUAUUAAAUGAGGCUAUUAUUUUAUAUGUUUAUUAAAUCUAUUCCAUAUAUAUUCGAUUUCAUUGUUUUAACCAGACUCGAAAAAAUAACGGCUCCACCCCAAAAUUACAAGCUCAACAGUCUAGUGUUUUCCUCAAGCUUGGUAUUUUAUGAGAAGAUUCCUUUCAUCCUGCAUUACACAUUUUAUUUUACAAAAGAACUCAAGCGUAAAUUGCAUGUUGUUUGUGCAUGGCCUCAAUGCUAUGAAUAUUUAAUGAUGUGUCAGAGGAUGUGCGAGAAACAAUUUUAAAACCUCGUUGUUUAAGUUUAGACUUGGUUGCCAAAUCCCAUAUGUCCAUGCAAUCAAUGCCUCGGCAUUGUUUGGGCACAUGGUCAUAGAUUUAGACUGAGCCACGUCUAAAGGAAGAACUCAGAUCUGAAAUAUUACUGGUGAACUUCUGUGUGCUUUCUACGCUGCAAUUGCUGCGGGCACGUACACCUAUAUAUGUAUUUUUCUGUUUAUUAUAUAAACAAAAUUCAUUGAAAAACAAUAAAACGUCCGUGGCAAUGCGUUUUACAACAAAUGAUAUUUUCACACGUAAAAAUAUCGUAUUUUUUACGUGUGUUUAAAUACGAUUUUUCUCAGUGGCCAAAAACUCUAUAUCACACUUAUGUUUAUAUAAUAAUAUUUAACAAUUAUUCGCCGAAGGCGAGGUGAUUAUCGGUGAAUAAAAACCAAGACGAAGUCGAGGUUUUUAUUCACGAAAACUCACUGAGCCUGAGGUGAAUAAUUGUUUUACUAUAACUUUCAUGGUGAUUAUUUGGAAAAAAAAAUUAAAAAUGCACAUUUCUUCGUCUUUUAAUUGACAAAACGGCUUCGGCCGCCAUUUUGAAAAUCGCUUAGGUGAUUAUCGCGUAAUAAUCACCUCAACGGUAACCAAUCAGCGUGGAGAAUUUUCAAUAAUCACCUAUGUAAUUAUACUAAUGUUUAUUAUCCCACUGUGAUUCAGUAUUGCCUAUAUAUUGGCUCCACUUUUUGAAUUCGAGUUCCCGCUAAAUUAUAAUAUACAGAUUACAGGGUGUAUAAAAAAAAACGCAACCUUGGAAUUUCCCGCUGAGAAAUCACUUUGCAAUUCCGUUAAGCAUAAAAGUUUUAGGCACCUGGGAAUUACUAAUAUUUUACCUGCAUCUAAGGACGUAAACGAGCUUAUAUUCAGUUAUAAAAUUUGCAUAGCCAAAAAUCUCACAUUUGAUUGGCCGGGGACGCCGGAACUGGGGGGGGGGCAGGAGGGGCAGCCGUCCCCGUUGCCCUUUACCAGGAGGAGCAAGGGGGGGCAAAGGUGCCCUUUCAAUUUAAAGGAUUGCCUUGGCGAAAUAGCGAAUUGUCAGAAAUGUUAGUGCAAUUCUUUUACGAAUUUGCUUCAGAAAACGCAAGAAAUGCAUGCAGUACUGCAUCGAGUUUCAAGAAUAGCGCAAUCGCCUGGCGGAGAACCCCCUCACACCCCUAUCAUCCAAUAAAUAAAAAACAUGAUUAGGCGA